CUCAUUAUCACCUGUCCUGUAGUUUCGCAGGCAAGGCUCGGAGUGCUCGAACAGGAGAUUGCACCUUUAAUCCCUAUAUCUAGACUAAGGCACAUAAUAGAGUGUAUCGGUGGGGUAAAAGGAUUCGAAAAGCGUGGCGGUCAACCCUGCAACGAAGUCUAGUUCGAGUUACCCAUAUUGAUUAUCAAGGAGGUACAAGAAAGCAGGAGCAUUCAGA